CCCCCGGCGCCCAGGAUGCUGGGCCCCCGCGGCGUGACGCGAGCACGGCAACUCCGCCCCCUGCGUCUCUGGCCUCGCCGGCCUAGGGGGGAUGGUUCCAUCAUGGCGUCAAUGCAGAAACGACUGCAGAAAGAACUGUUGGCUUUGCAAAAUGACCCACCUCCCGGAAUGACUUUAAAUGAAAAGAGUGUUCAGAAUUCAAUUACACAGUGGAUUGUAGACAUGGAAGGUGCACCAGGUACCUUAUAUGAAGGGGAAAAAUUUCAACUUCUAUUUAAGUUUAGUAGUCGAUAUCCCUUUGACUCUCCUCAGGUCAUGUUUACUGGUGAAAAUAUUCCCGUUCAUCCUCAUGUUUAUAGCAAUGGUCAUAUCUGUUUAUCCAUUCUAACAGAAGACUGGUCCCCAGCGCUCUCAGUCCAAUCAGUUUGUCUUAGCAUUAUUAGUAUGCUUUCCAGCUGCAAAGAAAAGAGACGACCACCAGAUAAUUCUUUUUAUGUUCGAACAUGUAACAAGAAUCCAAAGAAAACAAAAUGGUGGUAUCAUGAUGAUACUUGUUGAUGCCACUGUUAUCAUCCUCCUAGCAGAAGAUAGUCCUACUGAGAAAAUGAGCACUUUGAUCAUUCAGUCUUUGAACUUUAACCUUUGACUGGAAGUGACCUAUAGGCAAUGAAGACUACUUCCUUUUACUGCAUUUUUACUCGUGUGCAUUCUGGGCGCAUGUUGAUCGCUGGUUCAGUCCAGGCAACUGACAUGCUUUUAUUAGUCAUACAGUAUUAAUGCAGGUGUCAGGAAAUGUCAAUAUAAUUCCAUUUUUUAUUUUUAUUUUUUUAAGCUUUUGGAAAAGUUCCAGGUCCUCAUGUAUUGUGCAAUAACAAUGACUUCCUUGGCGGUUUUGGGACGUUCAUUGCCGGCAAUGGACGUUAAACAGGAAAAAUUUUCAUUAACUCCUGCCACCCAAUAAUUAAUGCAUGAUAGGGCCUAUGAAAUGAACUUACUGGUUAUAAUGGGAUUAUAAAUAAAGUGAGGGAUCCAACAUUACUUUGAAAGUCACCCCAACUGUUUAUAUUUGGAUUCUAUGCACUGUGAUCCUAAGGUUUAACAGCAUGAAUUAACAUGCGUCUUUAAAGGACUGUAAUGAAAGAUCAUUGCGUAUUUAUUGAAUUGUUUAUAUCUGCUGUCAAAUUGUUUUGACAUGGAAGGUUUUCAAGUAACAUUGGCAGAGAGGUACAAUAUUGUUUAUCCCUAUGGUGAAAAUAAAUUCAUUUGUUGUAUAUAGUUCCUCAAUCUCUGGAGUAAAGGUAUGAGUAAAUCUAGGGUAUGAACGGUUGAAUCAAGGCUUGAUCUUGGAAGUAAGAACAAUGGCAGUGAGGAUGAAACUGCUGCAGUCCUUAAUUGGGGCUUGUUUGUACAGUAACGAUUUUUCCAAGUAGAUUAAUCUACACUCUGUUACUUCCUGCUAGCCAUCAGCAUGAGCCCUACUGCCUAAACACUAUUUCAUUUAUUUAUGUUUGAAAAAUCCAUAAAGAGUUUUCAUUUGCAAUUUUGUUUCUUUUGUUAUGUUUUAAGUCAAGUUUGAAUGUUACAGUACUUCAAUUGAAAAGCUUUUGUCAAGUUUUUUCUUGUAAUUUUUUCUUUACUUGUAAGUAUCAUUUUGUCCUUUAAUCCUGUACCCUAAAAUAAGAAAUACAUUUUUGACAGAGGCUUAAUGUUUUAACAAAAGAGUGUGGACAUUUUUAUUUUAAAAUUUAGGCAAAAGUACACUCUAGAAUGGUAUGUUUGCUUAUUUGUUUCACAUAACCGUACAGUUUUUCCUGGAGGGAUUUGUUUUAUUUUGUUUUCUUGUUGUUGAAAAGACUUUGCUUACAGCUAGAUAAAAUUUUUCUAUAGAAAAAAAAAAUUGUUGAAACGUCCAAUUCUCAGUACCAUGUAAGUUAAUGAUAUUGCAACUAGGUUCUCUUUUUAAAAAGCAAUUAUGUAUUUUAUAAAUUACCUUUUCACAUAUGCAAAAAUCUGUUUCUACUACAAUGUUAUUUUUACUAAUGCCUGUUGUUGCACUCUUUUUGACAUAUCCUGCAGUGAAUAAAUAUAUGAAUCAAUUUGGGCUUAAAAAUAAAGGCCAAUUGGCUAAAAGGUUUGAAGUAUGUACCCCAGCAAAACAUCCAAUCAAUAAUUGGCAAGGAAUAUUUUCAAAAUUGUUUUUAAUCUCUGUAUAGAUGACAUUUUGUAGCUUUGUACAUGUUGUUAAUUAAGGGCAUAUAAUUUUACACUCUAAAAGUAUAAUUGCUGAACUCAGGGGUGGGUAGACUUCAAAAAUAUGUCUGCUGUAGAAAUAACUUGAAAAAAAAAAAUUAAAACUAUGGCCAGCCACCAAAUUGUGGAUACUGUUUAUACUAUAGUUAGCAACUAACACUUUUUAAAAUUAAACACAUUUUUUGUUCUUUCUUGACUAGAUACACAUAAGUUCUCAUAAUAGUCUAUCAGUCUUAUCAUUUGGCCUGUUUAACUAAGACAGAAAAUGUUUUUUGGGAUGCUUUGAGCUACUCUUAGUUUUUAACUGCUUUUUAAUAUGAAAUCUGCAGCGGCAAAUUAUGUAUUUCUCAUAUUUUACACAACUGCUCCAAACUACUGAUUGACUUGAUCAUUUUCAGGGGUGGGGGUGGGGGAUCUUUCUCCGUAUUGCUGGUCCACGUACUAAAAUUCUUUUAUAAAGAAAUGACCUGUGACAUUUAGUCACCAAAGGAAUUAAUAUACCAGGUCAAAGAUUAACAGUGCUGUCCUGUAGAUUAAUAGGUCUUAUAUAGCCUCAAUUGAGUUUUUUAAAAUAAAAGAAGCAGUAUUUUAACAUACCUCUUUCUCUACAUAGAGAUACCAUAAAAUAAAACAAAGUAGAGGAAAGUAAAGGAAACCAAAUAAUUUCAGUACAUUUUAUGGUUUAAAGAGAAGAUAAGAUGAAAUACCUAAAAUAUAGGAAUACCAACCAUUCAGCAUUUGCAAUAAGGUAACACCUUAUUCAUUGCAGUACUCCCUUGAACUUAGGAAUUAUUGGAAACUCCUUUGCACUUCGAUUUAAUUAAGUUAAUUUUAAAUGUAAGUUAAACAUUAUUAAAAGACAUAAGACGUUUACCUAAGUCUUUGCUCUAGAGAGGGCAUUUAAUGGCUUUGUAAUAAUAAAAAGAAUAUUUCUCUGUAAUGUGUUGUUGAACAACAACCAGAAUACCAAGAAAAUGUACAUAGGAUUUUGCUACUUCCCUCUUUCCUUGCUCCGUGGGGCACUAUCUGCUGCAUAGGCCUACAGAAUUAUACUUUCAUAUUUAGACAAUAUGUACUCUCUAUUUAUUUAUUUAUUUAUUUAUUUUAAGGCCAUUCUUCUGGUUUGCCAAAUUCUAUUAAGACAGUGAUACAUUCAUUUCCUUAUUUUGCAUGCUUAGAUCAUGAACUUGGUGCCCUCUCAAAAAUAUUAUGUGAAGUAGGUAUUAAUGCCAUAGAUUUUAAAGAAAGAAAUGGUUUUCAGUUUUUUUAAGAUAAAUUUUUUAAAAUAAAUUUUAUGGCUGUUCUCUUAAGGAAUUUAAUAUUCACCUCUAAAGGACUUAACUUGUAGUGGAUGAAUUCCUCCUUUUAGCUAGCAGGGAAAUAAAGCUUUUUUUAAUCCCCAAAAGAAAAUGCUAAAAUAGCUUUUAUAUACAGUUCAUCUGGAGAAAGAUCUUAAUCCUUAUUGUUUUGACUAGGUAUAUAAAUAUUUGAUAUAAAAUAACUAGGAUAGUUUUAUUAGUUUUUCCCUUCUGAAAUUUUAAAUAUAUGCAAAUAUAUAUCAUUAGAUUUCUGUGGCAAAUAAUAAUUUCUUCAGAUUCUAAAGCAGGUAUCUAGUGACUGCUUAAUUAUUUCCAGAUUGCAUCAAAGAUGAAUUGACAAAUAAUGGAAAUGAGUAGUGAUAUGCAAAUGGUAUGUAACCACAUAUUACUUGUUUCUGGUAAUCAAGUCUUAUUUUUUAAAAAGCCUAUUGUUUUUGAGAAUUGAGAUAUUUAAAACUUGUUAAAGCUUCUUCCUAAAAAUAGAUGAGAAGAGGAGGUACUGUAUGUUCAGAAGUUUUUUAAAUAAAGAAUUCAGUGUCACUAGUUCUAAGCCUUUAUGGUUACUGCUGCUUAUAUUUCUCAGUCUCACUUUUAUUUAGUUUUUUGUACAUAUUUUAGCUGAAUGCUUAGGAUUUAUUAAGUGUAUAUAAAUUGGUUUUCAAAAAGAACUGAGGCUUUCCCAUAUCUUUUCUGCGGAUUCACUGUUAACAAAAUCAGCUACUGCAUGGUUCUGUGUUAUGCUAAUGCCUUUGCAUGAUUAAGAUCUGUGAAGGUGUGUCUUAGUCUGCACCCCUUGGCCCUAAUCCUCUUUGCAGUCUUUUGUUUGUUUUUAUCUCUUUCAUUUUUCUUUCUUCCUUUCUCUUCAGAGAUGUCCAAUAUGUCAGUCUUCAGCAGUUUCCCUAAGUUUUCCCCUCUCCUUCCUUACCUCUCUUCCUGCCUUCCUCCCUUUCUUCCCCUUUCCUGUUCUUGAGGUUAGGGAAUCCAAAAGAGGAAGAUUAGUGAAAUUACAUCAGAAUUUUUUCUUUAAAAAGAUUCCUUCCUACAAAUAAAAUACAUAGAGUUUCUGAUACCUUAUUUCAGUUCAUCAGUAUGUGGCUAAAUUUGUUGAAUAAUUGCUUAAUAAAUGAGCUGUUAACUAGUAAUUCCCAAAGCCUAAUUAUUUCCCAAAUGAAUUAAAUUAUUUGUUUUGGUAAAACUGUUUGUCCAUUUAAGUUUCUAAGCCAUUUUGAGAUUUUUUAAUAAUUUGUGGGAGACUUUUGUUUUCUCAGCAUGAACUGUGUAUUAAAGACAGGCUUGUAUGCAUCAUUAUCAUUAGAGGCCUUUGGAGUCUAAACAUGUACUUCAGACUUAGACCUUUAUUCUUAAAGUUGAAGUUCUGCUCCUGACUAUGGUCCUGUAAUUGAGGUGUUUAUUGGAUUUUAAUUCUCAAAUGGUAUUGGGACUUACAUUUAGGGAUGAAUCUCCAGAAUGGUUACAUGAAUGUCUUUUUUUAUGAAAAAUUUUUUAUAAAACAUUGUAAUAUCUGAAGACAUUUUGAAUAUGUGGAAGGAAUGCCUGAAUAGAAGCUGGUAUAUUUUAAACAUGCGUAAAGAACUAAUUGAGCAAGUUGAGUGCAGUUGACAGUGAAAAAGAGAACAGUUUCUUGAUGCAUACAUCGUCAGGGUUUUGUGAAAAGUUUGCUUCUGCAGUCAUUCUAAGCUGCUUUCUCAAUGGCAAAGCAUGGUUCUGGGCUUUGGCUUAUUAGUUGUGAUAUCACUUGUCAAAUUUAGCAGUUAAUGGAAAGAUUGCGUAAUCCCACCUCUCUAAUUUUAAAGUGGAAACAAGUUGAGUAAGGAAUGUGGUUGAUAGAAACCGUGAAAAUCAAGUCUCUUCAUAGUUAACCACAGAUUAUUUAUAUAAAUAUUGAUUAUCAGGCUCGGGGUAAAAUAAUUAUUUGAAAAUAUUAAUAUAUCAGUUAUCUAUAGCCAAGAAUUAAGUCAAUGUUCAAGUUAAAAUGGGUUUGUUGUUUUUAGUUGGUACCAUUUUUCUCUCAAUAUUCAGAAAUAUGAUUGUGCAUUUUAUUAAUAGGAAUGGAAGCUCAUGCUUGAGGGUUUGAAUAGGGUGGAUGUAUAUAUAUUUUAUAAUUCAAGUUGUAAAAUAUGUAAAGCUACUGCUUUUUGAAUAGAAUAUAAAUGUUAAGACAAAUCUAUAUAUUAUAUAUUUUUAAAUACAUGUAUCAAACUUUUGUUAGUUGAAUAUAAAUUACAUUGUGUGCUUUAUGGAAUUCAGUAACUUUUAAUAAUAAAGCAGUUGUCAUUGAUUUAUUUUAUGUAGACUUGAAUAUUAAAUUGAAUAGAUAUUAAAUCUCUUUGUAGUUUAUAAUGUAAAAAUUUACUUACGUACUAGUUUCUCUUUACAAAGGACUGUGAUCUACAAAGGAUUGUGGAAACAGUAAAAUGCCCAUUUCCAAAGAUAAGUGCAACAAAAUGAAGAUAGUCACUAAAGCACUUAUGUAUUUAACAGAUAAUGUUUACUUAGUAGUGUAGCCUACUAUGUCUUAGUGGUUCUUCAUGCUUUAAUUAAUGAAAUCCUGAGUAAAAGGUGGGUGUUUUCAGAAAAGGUGGAAAUUGAGACUCAGGCACUUGCUUAGAGUUACCAUGAGUCUGAUGUUGCUGAGCUUUAAGUUGUAUGAUUCCUAAGGAUAUUCUGUAGAGAACUUUGGGAUGUUUUCCUGAAUAUCCACACAGAUCAAAUAACUUACUUAGAUGAGUGACUCCGGAAGCUAUGAGAAGAGAAAAGGAGAUAAGCAGAAGAAGGGGUAUCUCUCUGCAUCUCUGUUAUUCAUAGCAGGAAGAAAUUUAAUAUUCUCUGCUGAUUUCUAGGUUUUCUAUUCACGGGGCAUGUGCCUGCCCAGGAGCACCUUACUCCUCACUGGGGCAGCUGUGCUAUCAUAAAACUACCUUAUCUCAGCAUGCUCGUUCUGCAUCCCUCAACAUUAGAUGAAUAGCUGGUUAGAUAAAUGUAAGGUCCAGCUUCCUUUGUAUUUGGACUUUGGUGACACUCUUUCCCUUUAUAAUCCUUAAAAUAAUUUCUACCUCUCAUAGAAGGUUUAAGCCACUGUGAAUAAGUGAUUCUGUUGAAAUCCCUGUAUUCCUUAGUACUUUUCACUCUAACAUAUGGCAGAAUUAAACUUGAACUGAAUUGAAGUCCAGUGCUGCAACUCAGGGUUUUCUGUGCUUGGGUAAUAUGGACCAAGGCCACAGUGGUUCUAUAUCUGUCCUGGGAAUUCCUGUCAAUAAAUAUUUUAAAUUGCCUAUGAGAUUUCUUUUUAAUGUUUGCUUAAGGCAAAAUAUAUAAGUGGGAGACCUGUGUGCUCUUUCUAAUUCAGUGGAGUGUGGAAAUGUUUUAAUAAUGAAAGUUGAAAUAAGAAACUAAGGUAGAAAUUAUCUUCUCAUAUAGGUACUUGGCCUUCAAGGACCUACUGUGGGUAGAUAAAACUCAUCAGGCAAGAACAUAAUAAGGAUGGCUAUAUCCUGCAGAAAAGGUAUCCAACUUAAUAUUAAAGUUUUUUAUGUUUCUCCCCCCCACACCCCCAAAUACAUAUUUCUCUUCUUUCCUGUCACGAUGGCAUUUCUAUCCAACCUAGUUAUCCAGAUGAAGAAUUAUCACUAGUCCUCUCUGACACUUUUCCAUCAUUAAUCUCUAUUGAGCCUGUCUUUAAAAAAUAUAUAUCUAAAAUUUCUUUCUUCCCUCCAGUGCCAUUGCCGUUAUCCUGGUGUUCCCAGGCUGCUCUUCAGCCAUCCACACACCUUGUUCCAUAUAAGUAAUAGCAAAACAAGACUACCUGUACUUGGCUAAUGUUCUUCCAUGUUCCUAGAAUGUUCAUCUCUCUUUCUACCUGAAAAGUCUAGUUCAAAUGUAGUUACAGGGUAUCUUUGUCCUUCUUCCCUUCCCACUCCUUACCAGUUUUCUAUCCUGGAUUCUUUAAUAAAAGGGACAAUGUCUCAAUGGUGCUUGUGUCCUCAGCAUGUAGUAUACAGUACCUAUCCUAUAAACUUUUAAUAAAUGUUUGUUAAAUUAA